UUAGAACGAGAGCAAGAAGAAAGACAUGACGUUCAGAAUGAUCUCAAUGAAGCUCGACAGCAAAUUGAGCAACUGAGUGUAGAGAAGGAAAAUGUUCAGCGAUUACUGAAUGAAGCGCAAGUAGGAAAAGCUAACGUUGUAGAGCUGCUUUCAGAUGCAGAUGCUGCAAUUGAACGAUACAAGCAAGAACAAGAAAACGAAGUUUUUAAGAUUCCUUCACGUGACAUUCAAUUGACUGGCACGGAACUAGGACGUGGAUCAUAUGGAGCUGUUUCUGUUGGAUAUUGGGAUGGCUGUCCUGUUGCUGUCAAAUGUUUGUAUGAUCAUCCGGCUAAUGUUGAACGAUACGUUCAACUUGUGCAACAAGAAGCGUCUGUAGCAUGGAAGUUACAUCAUCCCAACAUUGCUGUUGUUUGUGGUGUCACUCUGGAGAAAGAAGUCAAGAAGGCGUGGGUUAUCACAGAGUUACAGAGCAGCUCCGUUUCUAGUGUGAUUGAUGCAUGUCAACGAGAUGCUGCACCUCUCACUUUACGAGAAAAAGUUGACAUGGCACAUGAUUCUUUUUGUGCACUGGAUCACAUUCACUCCAUGCAACCAAUGGAGCUUCUCCAUGGUGACAUCAGCCCAAGGAACAUCCUGGUAACUGCAACAAUGAGAGCCAAACUGGGUGAUCUAGGAGCCGCUCGUUUUCAAGAUGCUUCACUUUCAGCCGGCCUUCUCAAUCCAGAAUACACACCAACAGAGAGAUUUGUUGCUCCAGCUCUACCAAAAAGCAAGAAGACGGACAUGUACAGUAUGGGGGUGACCCUAUGUCAGCUGUUUACUGCUGUUACUCCAAACCGUCGAAAAGAAUGGAUCAAGUCUUACUUGUCCGUCAGCUAAACGUCCAUUCUUUAUGUAAACACUUGAUGAGAGAUAAUCCUGCCACACGACCAACAGCAGCUGAAGCUUGCAGAAUCAUUAGUCGUAUUUGUGAGACAGACGAAUAUACAGCAUGUCCUCCUAAACGGAUGGUAAAGGGUAAGAUGGACGGAGUGGCUGAUGUCACCUUUGUUCAGCCCAAUUGGUGAUGGUGACAUGUAAUUUUUACUUGAUAUCAUUUCUGUGCUUGUAGAAAAGAUUUCCUUAGCAAUAGCAAUAAGCUUAGCUCUGUUUUUGCACUUUGUAUUCUCGAAUUGACCAGACAAUGUCGAACUAUGUUAGCAUUUUUCAGUAUUUUAUAUUCUUGAUAUUGUUAUUGGCAGGUUUGAUGCUCUCGGUGAUGAU